UGGGCGGGGCGGGCGGGGCCGCGGGGUUCGGGGAGCCCCGCGGGGGUUGGGGGGCUGCGGGGGUCCCCCCGGCCCGGUGCGGGGGUGGGUGCAGGGAGGGUGGCACCCCGGGAUGCUUGGAAAUCCCACUGGAAGCGCCCUCUUGGUAUCCGGGGCUGAACGCGCCCCGCGGUCCCGGGAGGAAGGGCUGGUUCCCCUUUUCCCCGCCGAGACAACGGAGAACCCGCCCAGCCUUCCUCCGGGCCACGGGGGCAUCCCCAAUCCCCCUCCCUUCCUCCCGGCAAGGAUCAAACGGAGUCCUCGUCCCUUCCUCCUUCCCGCUCAGGCUUCCCAGAGAGGAUCCUCCCACCAGGAUUCCCGCUCCUGCUCCCUCAUCCCGAUUUUUCCCGUGCCAAGGAUGCCCUUCCCUCUGCUCAUCCUGGCGCUGGGCCUGGCAGGCGCCAUGGAGAUCCAGGUGCCGGAGGAGCCCGUGGUGGCCCUGUUUGGCCACGACGCCACCCUGCUCUGCUCCUUCUCACCCGAGGCCAACUUCAGCGUGGCCGAGCUGAGCCUCAUCUGGCAGCUGACGGACACCAAGCGCCUGGUGCACGGCUUCUCCGGGGGCCGCGACCGCCUGCAGGACCAGGGCCAGGGCUACGCCAACCGCACCGCGCUCUUCUACGACCAGCUGGCCCAGGGCAACGUGUCCCUGCUGCUGCGGCGCGUGCGCAUCUCCGACGAGGGCAGCUUCACCUGCUUCGUGCGCGUGCGCGACUACGACAGCGCCGCCGUCACGCUGCAGGUGGCAGCUCCCUACUCCAAGCCCAGCGUGCACCUGGAGCCCAGCAAGGACCUGAAGCCGGGCGACGUGGCCGUGGUGACGUGCCACGCGUCCCGCGGCUACCCCGAGGCCAGCGUGCUGUGGCAGGACAGCCGGGGUGCCAACCUGACGGCCAACGUCACCACGUGGCAGGUGGCCAACGAGGAGGGGCUCUUUGAGGUGCGCAGCGUCCUGCGCGUGCUGGUGGAGCCCAGCGUCACCUACUCGUGCCUGGUGCUCAACGCCGUGCUGCGCCAGCACGGCCACGCCUCUGUCACCAUCACGGGCCAGCCCCUGGCAUUCCCGGCGGUGGCCCUGUGGGUGACAGUGGCCCUGGCCGUGUGCGUGGUGGCCCUGCUGGGCGUGCUGGCCUUCGUGUGCCACCAGAAGAUCCGGGAGAGCUGCCGGGAGGACGAGGAGCGCGCAGGGCCAGAGGAGCGGGAUGAGGAGGGGGAGGAGCCCAAGACAGCUCUGCAGCUGCUGGAAAACACGGAGAGCAGAGAGGGUCGGGAGCAGGAGAUCGAUUGACGGCAGCGGGGCCCGGAGCCCGGCCCCGCCCGCGUGUCCCCAGCGAGCGGCGACACCCCCGGGGCGGUGGCACCUCCGGGGCGGUGACACC